AUGUCGUCGACGUUUCAAGCAAAAUGUGCUAGCGUUGUCAAUGAGGUAUAUUUGAGUCAGUUGUGUCGAGAAAAGGACGAAACUGUUUCACUGGAAGGACCAAAAAAACUUGGUUAUUACUCGUUCUAUUACAAUGAUGAAAAAGAAAUUGUUUAUUGUCCAGACAAAUCAUCUCUUCGGUACUUGGACUUACCUAAUCCAGUCUACAUCAACUGCCUCAAAGGAUAUGAUUCAAACAUAAAGUUUGGAAAUAAAAAUCCAAAAGGUUCAAAUCUAUUGAGAUGGAUAUUGGAGAAUGAAACAAUUUUGAGCGACUUAUCUUACGAUUUCAUCUGUAACAAUGGUCUAUUGAAAGAGUUCAUGACUUUCAAGUUUAAUAAUGAUGAUUGGACCUUUUCCGCUACCAAAAUCAGAGGAAAGAUUAUACUCAAUCGAAUCCAUUCAGACGAGGAAAAAGCUUCGAUUGAUGCGCGUACCGAACAGAGCAACAAAUCGACGUAUGUUGCAAACAAUUUACAAUUAUUGAUUGCCAAAAAUAUCGAUCAGUCGCAGGGUGAUGUGAAAAGAGAGGAAGACUCUUUUUUUGGUGUUUUUCACUCAAAGAUUGGAUCUCAUCAAAUAUUGCAUUCUGGGUUUUUAGGAUGUGUUGAAACUAAAGAAGAUCUGGAUAAACCAAUUGACGAAAUGAAGUUUGUGUUAAUCAAAAAGUUCAAUGGGCCGAGAGUAUCACAUUCUCCUUUUCAAGCUGACACAUGGUGGGCAUUGGCUGCUCUUGCUGGAAUUGAUAAAAUUGUUCGCGCUAAAUGCCAACGAGAUUUUAUGUGUAAAAAUAUCGACAAGUUGGACGUAAAGAGUCUAAUCUAUAAAUCGAGACAAAUGGAUUUUGUUAAUUCAUUGAAUACGGUUCUUGAUCAUGUCAAGUCAACUGUUACAGAGGAAAACAAAUGUUAUAACUUUCAUUUGAAUGGCAGGAUUAAAAAGUUGACUGGAUACUUGAUGAAUGAUCUUGAUGAAAAUCUCAUUCCAUCUUGGUAUAUUGAUGAACAGCUUCCUGUUGAAGCUUGA